AGAAAAGUGGGGGGCAAACAACCAGUUUCCAAGGCAACAAGUCCUGCCUUCCUCUCUGCAGCAGGCUGUGAAAGGGGAGGCAGGAGUUUCUCUUUUUUUCUUUUCUUUUCUUUUUUUUUUUUUGUCGGUUUUGGUUGGAAAGACAUGAGUCGGAGUUUAUUGAGGAGGGCAGGUAUCCGGCAAAACCAGCCAAAGUUUUUCAAGGCGUAGACGAACCGGGGAUUUGUGCGUCGCAGAGGGAUUAUAAUCUCAAAAUGUCAGCGGCCAUGGAUGUGAAGAGAAACACGGAGGUGAGUGGGCGGUGUGCAGACAAACAUGACUGCCAACAAGAGUUCGAAGGCUGCGCCUCGUGCAGGAGGGGGUAAAACUCCACGGGACGUCCCCGACAGGUGCCAGUCUACGUCUCCGUGUCCCGUUCUCUCUGCCAGCCAGGGGCAGAGCCAGCAGCCGGUCUUCAGCGACAGCGAGAACUCUGGGAAGCAGAGUAGGUACGUCCGCACCGACGGCAGGUUCCUGGUACGCGCUGGCUGGAACGGCAAGACAGCUAGCCUGUGCAGCGGCGCAUCUCUCACAGGUGACCCCGACUCCCAAGGCCGCCUCACCAAGUCAAAGAGCAUCAGCUGCCUGGACAACAGGCUCUCCAUCUAUAAGCCCCCGGCUCAGACCAAGUCCUGCCAGGAAAGCCCGGGCGUCCAGGAGCAAACAGGGGAUCUGUCAGCGGGAGGUGGACUGAACGGUCGGCCCCUGAGCUGGAGCACGCUCUCACUGGGACCUUCCCCUAACCAAAGCCACAAACGCAGCCUCUCUCUCACCCGUUCAGUCGCAGGUGUCCCCGCCACCACAAUCCGCAAAAAGAUCUCAGAAUGGGAGUGCAGGCGGGUGGCUCUGCCUAGGAUGAGCUUGUGUCUGGAUAAAAGAGGAGGGGAGCGCGUCGGGGGCAGCGAGGGCUGCCCGAGCCUGCUCUCCUCUCCCUGCAGCGAGAAGACUUUUGACUUUAAGGGGGUUCGCAGGAUGAGCACAGCGUUCUCCGAAUGCUCCUACACAGAGACGGAGGGAGAGGAGGGUGUUUCAGACAAAGACGGCCUGGGCCGCUUCCAGAAAAGGAUAGGCAAGACGGAGUCCUCAGGAACAUUCGUACGUUCCCUGUCUGCUCGGAAGGAGACGUCAGCCGUCCUCAACAGGAUACAAAAGAUAGAGCAAGCCCUGAAGGAGAACCCCAGCCCGCCCCCUCCACGCUAUCUGAGUAACUGCUAUGCUCCAGACAAGCAAAGACAGAAGUCUUUUGUGAUAGGUGACGACUUGGACAGCACAUGCACCAGUAAGCGCAGCAGUAUUUGCUCAGUUGCCACCGAGCCCGACGCUGUCUCUGUGUCUGAUAAGCUCUCUAAACUCAGACAAAGGUUUAGUGUGAGCUCUGCCAGGUCUGAGAGUCCAGAACCACCGGGCCAGCAGACCUCUGUUGGCACGUCGGUCAACCCCUUACCAAAACCCAAACGCACUUUUGAAUACGACGCCAAACGGGACCAGAAAGAUGCGUCACCAGCCAAUGGACUACCUCCAAACAGAGCCUCCGAGUCUCCCCCGCCUCUGCCCUCCACCCCGGCACCCAGCAUGACACGGACGACAAAGACCAAGACAAGAAUCCAGGACAGAGAGUCGUGUGAGUCAGAGGAUGCUGCGAGUGUACCCUCUUCAUAUCCGUCCUCACCUACAGAGAAUGGCACGCUGACCGCAGACGCUCGGACUCGACCCAGUUCCAAAAGCACUUUAGAGGAGAACGCCUAUGAGGACAUAGUAGAGAAGGAGAACCCAUACGAGGAUGUUGACCUGAAGCGGAAGAGUUUGGGUCGGAAGUCGUGCCUGUUGGAGAGCAGCAGGUCUUGGACGACCAUGGACAGGAAGCUGAACUCUCCACCUCAGCUGCCUUCCAAACCCAGUAGCCAGUCCCUUCGCCUCCCGGGUCCGAGCGACAGGAAGAGCCACCGGCUGUCACAGCUGUCCAAACGCUACAGCCACGACGAGAUGCUGCUUCUCCCCCAGAUGGGUGGAUCGUCUUCACCUUGUGGCCUGCUGGACGACAGCCUCUGUAGCACCAGCGAUACCCUGGCCUCACACCGGCACUGGAGGAUCCCCAAGCUGGUCCAGAGGAUCAACUCCAUUUACUGCACUAAACGUGGGAAGAAGAGGCUGAAGAAGCUGUCCAUGUCCAAUGUCGAGACUGCAUCUCUGAGAGAUGACAACAGCGAGAGCGAGAGCGACUCUGACGACAGGUUCAAAGCUCACACCCAGAGGCUGCUGAAGCUGCAGUCCAUCCUGCGACGGGCCCCCAGCUACCGCACGCUGGAGCUGCAGCUCAUUGAAUGGCAGGAGAGAGAGCUCUUUGAGUAUUUUGUGGUCGUUUCACUUAAGAAGAAACCAAGUAAAAACUCCUACUCCCCAGAGGUCACCUACCAGUUCCCCAAGUUAGAGAGACCCACCAAGCAGAUGAGGGAGGCAGAGCAGAGGCUCAAAGCCAUCCCUCAGUUCUGUUUCCCAGAUGCUAAAGACUGGAGUCCUGUCUCUGAGUACACCAGUGAGACCUUCUCCUUCAUGCUGACUGGCGAGGACGGCAGCAGGAGGUUCGGGUACUGCAGACGCCUGCUGCCGACUGGGAAAGGACCUCGCCUUCCAGAGGUGUACUGUGUCAUCAGCAGGUUGGGCUGUUUUGACUUGUUCUCCACGAUCCUGGACGAGGUGGAGAGACGGAGAGGCAUCUCAGCAGCCCUGGUCUAUCCCUUCAUGAGGAGUCUGAUGGAGUCGCCCUUCCCUGCACCAGGGAAGAUUAUCAAAGUAAAGACCUUUCUGCCUGGUGCAGGAAACGAGGUCAUCGAGCUGAGGCGGCCCACCGACUCCAGACUGGAGCACGUGGACUUUGACAGUCUGUUCGGAUGCCUCAGCAUACGGCAGGUGAUCCGAGUCUUUGCCUCGCUGCUGCUGGAGCGUAGAGUCAUCUUUGUGGCUGAGAAACUCAGUACUCUGUCCAGCUGCAUGCACGCAGUGGUGGCUCUGCUCUACCCAUUCUCCUGGCAACACACCUUCAUCCCUGUGCUGCCAGGGUCCAUGCUGGACAUCGUCUGCUGUCCCACCCCCUUCCUGGUCGGGCUGCUGUCCAGCUCGAUGCCUAAACUGAAAGAGUUGCCUGUAGAAGAGGCUUUAAUGGUCGACCUCGGAACCGACCGAUUCAUCCGACAGAUGGACGACGAGGCCUCGCUGUUGCCGCGGAAACUUCAAGCGGCUCUUGAGCAAGCGCUGGAGCAGAGGAAUGACAUCAUCAAUCAGGACUCUGACAGCGAGUCAGACGAAGAGUAUAACUCCCUGAACAGCCUGGUGUCAGAGGCCUUCAUCCGCUUCUUCCUGGAGACCAUCGGACAUUACUCCCUGUUCAUCACUCAGAACGAGCGUGGAGAACGCGUUUUCCAAAGAGAGGCCUUCCGCAAGUCUGUGGCGUCGAAAAGCAUCCGUCGUUUCCUCGGUGUCUUCAUGGAGUCUCAGAUGUUUGCAGGGUUCAUUCAGGAUCGAGAGCUGAGGAAGACCCGGGCUAAAGGUCUGUUCGAGCAGAGGGUGGAUCAGUAUCUGGAGGAGCUCCCAGACACAGAGCAGAGCGGAGUCAACAAGUUCCUCAAAGGCCUCGGGAAUAAAAUGAAGUUUCUCCACAAAAAGAACUGAGAGGAACUCCUCCUCCUCCUCCUCCUCCUCCUCCUCCUCCUCCUGCUCCUGUUUUCAGGACGUCUCAAGUCUCUGCAUCAUGAUGAUUCUCACCUUUUUGUCUCCAUUUUUUUUAAUGUAAACAUGUACAUAUUAUUUCACUGUAAACUGGCUGUGACACUCUUCAGUGUGUGUUUAUAGUAUCUUAUGAGAUAGUGAUAGCAGGACGGUACACAGCGAGCGAGCUGCAGAGGAACCACUGAUGUCCAGGUGUGUGUGUGAAGAGUGUUAUCAGAGUGUGUGAGUGUAUGUGACUCGAUAUGGGCAUAGAUGUACAGUUCAUAUGUAUUCAUUCUGCAUUAUUUCACCACAGUGUCGUCCUCUGUUUAAGGAGUGGAAAACCUAUUGGAAAACUGUACAUGCACCAAGACGAUGAAGAAAGUGAUUGUAACUCUUCAUGGAGUCUUUUGCAAUCUUUUAUUAAAAACAGUAGUUAAAAUGCUUCAAA